UGCACAUAAAAGCCAAGUGCAUGCUUCCAGCAGCUGAUCAGAGCACUUUCACAGUCCUCCACUGUUGUGACCCAGUCAUCUCCUCUCCUUGGAACUUGUGCACUCAAGGUGCGGAUUUGGAAUCAACAAAAUAUCUUACUCCACUGACCUAAAGCAGACACAGAAUCCAGGCCUCUGAAGGUGAACCACAAGUGCCUUUGAUCCACUGUACUGCCCUUUCCCAAAAAUCUAAAUGUCAUGGCUGCGCUGUUAGCCCCUGUGCAGCUGCUGGCAGUGGCUGUAACAGUUUACCUAGAGCUAGUGAGAGCCAUUCAAGGGGGCAUCUAUUAUGGGAUCAAGCAGCUGCCACCCCAAAUCCCACAAUAUCAGGCCCUUGGACAACAAGUACCUCACAUGCCGCUGGGCAAAGAAGGCACUCCCAUGCAGCACAUGGGCAAGGAGGUGCCACACAUGCAAUAUGGAAAAGAAUACCCCCACCUGCCUCAGUACAUGAAAGAAAUCCCACAGCUGCCUAUGCUCGGCAAAGAGAUGGUGCCAAAAAAAGAUAAAGAAAUGCCGUUAGCCAGUUUGAGAGGUGAGCAAGGUCCCCCAGGUGAGCCUGGACCAAGAGGGCCACCAGGUGCCCCAGGAUUACCAGGUCAUGGAGUGCCAGGAGCCAAAGGAAAACCAGGUCCACAAGGAUAUCCAGGAAUAGGCAAACCAGGUAUGCCUGGAAUGCCUGGAAAACCAGGAGCAAUGGGGCUCCCUGGCUCAAGAGGUGAGAUGGGACCAAAGGGAGAGAUUGGGCCUAUGGGAAUACCAGGGCCACAGGGACCACCAGGGCCUCCUGGACUGCCUGGAAUAGGAAAACCAGGUGGUCAAGGAUUACCAGGACCACCAGGAGUAAAGGGUGAACCAGGAAUGAAAGGACCACCAGGACUCCCGGGGCUUCAAGGGCCUAAAGGAGAAAAAGGCAUUGGGAUUCCAGGUUUACCAGGGUUAAAAGGUCCACCUGGGUUACCUGGCCCUCCAGGUCCAGUUGGACUCCCAGGGAUAGGCAAACCAGGAAUGAUUGGGUUUCCAGGACCACAGGGACCUAUAGGUAAACCAGGACUUCCAGGUGAACGAGGGCCACAAGGUCUUCUUGGGGCACCUGGGAUUCAAGGUCCACCUGGCCUUCCAGGUGUUGGAAAACCAGGCCAAGAUGGAAUCCCAGGCCAGCCUGGAUUCCCAGGUGGAAAAGGGGAACAAGGCUUGCCAGGUUUACCAGGACCCCCAGGCCUACCAGGGAUUGGGAAACCAGGAUUUCCUGGGCCUAAAGGUGAUCGUGGCAUAGGUGGUUUCCCUGGAGCACUGGGGCCUAAAGGUGAGAAAGGGCACAUGGGUCCCCCUGGCAUGGGUGGGCCCCCCGGGGAGCCAGGUCAACCAGGAUUACCAGGAAUAAUGGGGCCAUCCGGUGCUGUUGGUUUCCCAGGACCAAAAGGAGAAGGUGGACCUGUAGGGCCUCAAGGUCCUAUUGGUCCAAAAGGUGAACCUGGCCUACAAGGUUUCCCAGGAAAGCCAGGUUUUCCUGGGGAAGUAGGACCCCCGGGUCUUAGAGGACUACCUGGUCCAAUAGGGCCAAAGGGAGAAGCUGGUCACAAAGGUUUGCCAGGCCUGCCUGGUGUUCCUGGGCAAUUAGGACCUAAAGGGGAACGUGGAAUCCCCGGUGAUCAAGGCCAUCAAGGUCCAUCUGGAAUCCCAGGUAUCGCAGGACCCAGCGGCCCAAUAGGACCACCUGGACUUCCAGGACCUAAAGGAGAACCAGGUGUACCUGGUCCACCAGGCUUUCCAGGAGUAGGGAAACCUGGUGUUUCAGGGCUGCAAGGACCACCAGGAAAACCUGGGGCACUUGGUCCACCUGGCCAGCCGGGUCUUCAGGGUCCUCCAGGGCCUCCAGGUCCACCUGGUCCUCCAAUAAUAAUCCCACCCACCCCACCGGCCAUUGGACAAUAUUUGCCAGAGCUGGGGCCUGGCAUUGAUGGAGUGAAGACCCCACCUGGCUAUAUGGGCAAGAAAGGCAAGAAUGGUGGCACUGUCUACGAAAUGCCUGCAUUCACGGCAGAACUCACCACACCCUUCCCACGGGUCGGGGUGCCUGUGAAAUUUGACAAGCUUCUCUACAAUGGCAGGCAGAACUAUAACCCACAGACUGGUAUCUUCACCUGCGAGAUCCCUGGGAUUUACUACUUUGCCUACCACAUUCACUGUAAAGGGGCCAGCGUCUGGGUAGCUUUGUACAAGAACAAUGAGCCACUGAUGUACACAUACGAUGAAUAUAAAAAAGGCUUCCUGGAUCAAGCUUCUGGAAGCACCGUCAUUCAGCUGAUGCCUGGAGACAAAGUUUAUAUUCAGAUGCCAUCUGAACAAGCAGCAGGGCUCUAUGCGGGGCAGUACGUUCACUCGUCUUUCUCAGGAUAUUUACUGUAUCCGAUGUAAACACAAAACAAAACAAAAACCCCAGACAAAAUUACAACUCUUUUCCUCUGCUUCAAACUUUUAUACCAUUGAAAGAUGCAUUUACUGACAGUUUUAGAUCCCUCUUGUACAACAAAGUUUCACAUUAUGCACAGCUUGUUAUAAAAAUGGUGUGGUGAACAUAUUUUAUGAUGUGUAUCCGGUUCAUAACAGUUGUUCUGUAUCCAAUGGGGACAUAUUAGCUGUACAUUAUAUAUUUCUGUGAUACCAUACUUACUUCAUUUCAUUCACAAUAGUACAGUAUUAAGGGUCAAAUCUUGCGUACAUCACUCACUCCUGUUGCCUAUUUAACUGAACAUUGAUCUAAAGUGUGAGAUGAAAAGAUAACUUAAACAGAAUGUGUCAGUAUGAAAUGAUCUGAUAUAUAUAUAAGUUUGAGUAAUGCUUUUUUUUUUUUUUUUAAAGCAGGGUUUAUCUAAACCUGCACCAUAAGCAAAGAUUCUCUUAGCUGAAAUCCUUAUUUUCCCCACAUACAGUAUCACAGGACAGUUUCUUCUAAUAACACACUUAAGAUGGAAAAGAAUAUUCGCACAAGAGAAUUUUAAUUCACUGCUUUAUCCAAACAGCCAUUGGAAUCAAAAGGAAAAUUGCCACUGACUUCUGUGGGCAAUAGAUCAACCCUUAAUACCACAGCAUUCAAGAAGCCUCCAUAUAUAUUUACAAAGCAGAAGGUAGACAUGGUAGACCUGAGAUAUGGUUUUAGUCUAAUGACUUUAGGGAUGUUAUGCCAAAUUAUUAAAAUAAUGUACCAUUUUGGCCAACGAACAUCAGUGCAGUAUAAAUACACGCAUUUUCCCAGACCUUUCCUAAGAAACUGCAUUCUGUUUGGCUUUUAAGAGAAUGUGCUUGUUCUGGGAUUCAGCCAAAAUUAGCUUAUUAAUGAACGUACAGCAAAAGUGGCACUUGCUCUGUUUGCUAAAUAAUAAACAAACUAGUUUGAGGUUGCCCAAUAAUUUUCAUUAGUAAUAAGGAUCAAACAAACUCUUUUACUUUUCUCUCAUUUCCAUUGUGCGUGAGUGCUGAGAGUGUCGGUGGCCUCUUAUAUACAGGUCAGACUAGAUAAUCUAAUGGUCCCUACUGGCCUUAAACUCUUAUGAUUCAUUUGAGAACAAUUUCUUUUAAUGUAAUAACUGAUUUCCAGUUCUUUUUAUUUAUAUUACCGAUUGCCUAAGUUUGUAUAUGAGCAUACAUAGGCAUCAAAUGUGCGUGUAUGUGGGGGAAGCAACAUUUUUACAAGGUACUGUCUGUUCAACAAUGGUGCUAAUCUCACAGCAAAAAAUUAAUUACUGAGAUUAAUUUAAAAAUAUCUUUAUAGUGUACUUUUCUGUGUUUCCCUUUUCAGUGUUGCACAUCACACUAUUCCAUUAGUUUAAAAGUAGACUGAACACAUCUUCUAUGUCUUGACUAAUGCAACCCUAUUUAAUUCAAAAUGAACUAGGAACUUCCAUGCAGGAAAAAAAAACAAAAAAAAAAGAUUUAACUGGCAUUACCAUUAUUUAAAUACAGAGUUUAAUGCAGUGUGUUACCAACACAGCACUGCAAUGACUCUAGUGCGGUGCGUGAUCUCAGAUAUUUUAUGGAAUGUUGGUGGCAAUGGACAGUUUACCAGACACUGGUGACUUUGGUGAGUUUCCAGGAUAUGUAUGAGAUAUGUCAAUAGCAAAUAAUUUUUGUAUUUAAAUUUUUUGUACUGAUUUGAAAAAAAUAUCUUAUUAAAUAUCUAAAAAAUAAAAGUUUCCCUUUAUUAACAGAGCAACUAGAAAAUUUGAAGCACCAAAUUCACAUUUCAGAGCACAAAAACAAACCAGCGUGAAUGAUGAUCUACAAAGGACAUUUUUUUUUUAUUUUGCCAAGCUUGCUAUUAAUCCAUAUUACAAAGAAACCAACGUAAUCGCAGAGCAUUUACCAAUAGAUAGUGCCUCUAGAAUCCUGAAUGUGCUCACAUGCAAAUAUCACCCUGAGAAAACACUACUGGCGUUUCUACAUAGGCCUCAAUCCUGCAUGGCCUUGCUUGAUGCACAGCCGUGUCUCGUGGGUGUUGUGGAGGCUCAGAGAGAGAGAGAGUUUAAGUAGAGUACUGGUUGGUGUGGAGAACUAUGUACCUUGCUUGAAAACACAGGUUGAAAAAAGGGUGGAGCAUAGGAAGAGGGGAUGUGCCGCAAGAGACACAUGCUUAAGUAUGAUCCUCAUCAUUCUGGGUGGGCAAUUAGUGACAGUCUCCUUUUAAGCCUUGAACCUACCAAUAGGCAUAAAUAUACUGUGGGCUGUACAGCAUGCUGCUGAGGAUGGGCCAUCAGAUCCAGAGUCAGGAGAUCUGAAUUCUGUUCCCAGAUCUGCCAUUGUAGAACAGAGACAUUUAUUCACCAAACUAGCGUAGUGUGGGAAACAAUCUGAUACUGAAAUAGACCAGUAGCAAAUUCCUGGUUCCUUGAUUGCUCAGGCAGAGACCAGAGAACAAAUUUUUAAUUCUCACAGUCCAUUCCCUGAGGUGCUCUUGGGGCAGGACAGCCCCUUACUCAUGGCAAAAUGUAAUGUCACAAUCUAGCACAAAAUGUCAAACUAAAGUGAAUGGGUCCGCAUAUUCAUUCAUGGUGGAUUUUUUUCUUCUUCUUUUUGAACACUGGGCCACACUCAGAAUCCCUAAAACCACACACCGAAGAAAGGGCUUUUUCUUUUCCAAACUCAAGUUCAUGGGGGGAAAAAGUGAGAAAAAACAAAUAGCACUGAAGCAAACAAUAUGUUCUUUAGUAUUUCUCUGCUUUUCCUCCAAAGUCUCUCGUGAGUUUCCUGUUUCCUCAAGCUCUUCCUAUUGAGCUUCCAGACACGACUCAUGAUGAACAAGAGUAAAAACCCAUGAAAAUGUUGCCUCUAAGAGAAUUUUCUUCUUUGAUGCAAUUUACCUCACCAACUGUGACAAGAUUUUGCUUUUGCUCAGCAUAGAGUAGUUUGAAACCUGAUUUGCAAAGUGUCAAUCUUCCCAAAAAAGAGUGAUUUUGCCCUGCCCCUCAAUUUUGAGAAAGCAAAAGCCACCGUUCUGAUAGACUGUAUCAUUUGUGCACUAUGCUACAGCUCAUGUUAAAGUUACAUGGAUGGCACUUUCCCUCCCCAUUUCUCUACCCACCACCAUAGAAACUUGACAUCUCCUUUAUCAAAUUCAAUGUAUCAACUGAACGGCAAUGAUAGAGCCACCAUACAUCAUUUAUAUAGUGCUGUAAUGAGGUCUAGCACUGUAAUUUGCUAAAAUGUGCCUGAAGAGGGCAGUGUCCUUAAAACAGAUUUAUUAUAUGGAAAAUAAUCUGACUCACAAUAUUCAAAACUCCUCUUAAAAUACCUGUUAACAGCCAAUGACUGUCAAAAUACAGUUUGUGUAAAAGGCACACAAAAAUCAAGCCAAACAGCAAAUGAAACCAAAUAUUUAUUGAAACCAGAAAAACAAAACAUUGAUUUUCACAUACUCUUAAAAUUAUUAAAACAAACACAGCCACACAAACAACACCCCUGUUCCCAUAUUUUAGGUUAAGAAAAUAUGUAAAGGUGCCCUUUAAGGGUAUUUGGAAAAAAGAUAAGUAUAUUAUUUGUGUACAUAACAAUACACGUCACAUACUAAACACCCUUCUUGUCAUUCCAAAAUAGGAAUAAUACAUUUUCAUUUGAAAUGUAAUCUACAUAUGUGCAUUAAACACUCACAGAUUCAUCCUUCGUGCAUUAAUCUGUAACCUGUCUUUUAGUUACAUCUCAGAAUUGCCCUUAAUUGUUACAGCUUAAGAAAUUAAGAUAACUUUCACAACACAGCAAGCUCAGUCCAUUGCUUUAAGAAUCUUCCCCAAAGGCCACUGAAGACUCUCCUUCACUUCAGUGGUGUUUUGAUUGGGGCCUUAAAGCAAAUGGUCUAUUGCAGCUGACAGAAGGAAAACAGAAAUAAAUUCAUUAGUAUUCGGCACAGUUAUACUGGCACGGUACAUGGAACUACAGCUUGCAGUAUCCUGGAAUUCAACUUGUAGUGUUGCAGAUAUCAAAUUAAAAAGCAGCUUUUAAUAGAGUGGCCCAUUGUAGAAAGCGAGUCUUAGAAAAAGUUCCUCCUCCAAUUGCUCAACUUAUUUUUAAAAAGAAAAAUCUCAAGGCAAGUUGGAAUAACAGUGGCACAGGAUGACCUGGAAAAUGUGUGUUAUAUUUAAAACAGACACCAUGAUUCUGAUUCUCCACUACCUAGCACCUUGUGUAGUUAUUUACACCUGUGCAACAUGGGUGCAAAAUGCUACUAUUCUGAUUUGAAACCAUGUGGUGUCCACAUUCCCCAGGUGUAAAUAACUACACAGGGUACAUGGCAGUGGAGAAACAGGUCCAAUGUAUACAGAAUUCUAUAAAGCCUGCAUUAUGCUACCAAAAAAAUUUUUGUAAUAAUUAUUUCACUGCUUAGUAUCAAAGAUAAAAUUACUUACCCAUAAAUUAUGCUUUCUGAAGACAGUACCCUCUGCUCUCUAUAUGUAGCAUUCAAAGCAUGUAUUGGAGUGCUCUGAAAGCUUAACUUUGUUCUCUUUGCAUUCCCUCACAACCAUCUCCCCCUUCCCAGUUGUCACCAUUUGGUGAUGUGUGUAUAGUUUAGGUGACUAACUAGACUGUCACAAACCCCAAUUGUCAGCUCUUUUGGCUGAAACCUACCCAUAACUUAUUUCUAUGUCUCCAAACAAACAAAAAACUGUAUGACAGGAACUUAAGAAAAGAUGUAGGUGGAUGAGAGUAGAUUUAUGGACGACACCAAUUUGGAGAACAAGUAUAGAUGAGGAACAAUCACUUCUCCAAAGCUAUGUGUUGCUGUAUCCCUUCUUCAAUGAGGAAGAAGGUGGAAAGGAAAGGAAAGGAAAGGAAAGGAAAGAGAAAUGACAAAGAUAAAUAUCAGGGGAUGCUCAAAAGGAGAGGGAAAAUUAUAUAGCUAAUUUUGGAAAGCGAUCCUGUGAUACUGUCAUACUAAACGCUGACACUUUGAUACAGUUGGACACUUUGGUACAAGUCUUUACUGCCUAUAUACUGCCAGAAUGUAACGGGUUCUAUACAGAUACUUAAGAGACCUCAUGUAGUUGGACCAGCAUGAGGCUGCCGUGUUCCUAGUUUUAUAAGGUAGAAUUUUCACUUGUGGCCUAACUCUGCUUCCACGGAAGUGGGAGUUUUACCAAUGUCUUCAAGGGGUACAGAGUUAGGCCAGCACUGAUGCGGAGUGCUUUUUGAAAGCCACACAUGUAGUAAUUACAUAAAAACCUCUCUCAACAGCACUAGACAUAUAAAAAUAAUGACUGUAAUUCUGAUGCACCUCCUCAUGGUUUUCUUUCCACACAAACAAGCCUUUUAAAUGAAUUGAAAUGAAUGCUAGCCAGCUUCAAGGUCUUGUGAAAAACAAUGGAUCAAUUUGCGUACAAAUUUUCAAGCAAGGGCCUAAAAAAUGAUGGCAGUGUGGAGGUGAGAAAAAUAGUGAAAACAUGAUUAACAGAGCAAGAGCCUCAAUAUCACCUUCUAAAGACAUUUGGAAUUACUCAACAUCAUCAUGUUCUUACAAAAUGUAGUAUGAUGUGGCCUCACUAGAGCUUAGGCCUGACUAAUCCAACAAGCUUAAUUUGAGACCAUCGGGGAUAAAAAAAAUUAUGGCACUCAUUAGAACCAAGCAGCUAAAAAAAAAAAAAAAAAAAAAAAAAAAAAGAGAGAGAGA